GAAAUGUGGGACAACUGUCCCGAUUUACACUGCCUGUCGCUAAUUACCCAAUUUGACAGUAUGCCCCAUGUGCAAACAGAGGAUACAAUUAAUCACUUCAUCCGGCACUGCUUGCUCAGAGGGAGUUUGGCUCACUGCUUGCUCAAAGGAGAGAGUUUAUCUCAGAAUUGGAUGAUCUUUCAUUCCUUGGAACACUGUAUCAACUCUUGAUGGAGGAGAUAUUCCUCAGAGAAGACGUACAGCAGUAAUACCUUGUUGGGAAAACACCUGCUGAUCUGCAGCAUGGUGAACACCCUAUGAAGAUGUCCACUAAUUAAUUCUUCUCUUAUUUGAAGGGGUCUCUGUCUGAACCUUAGCAAUGAGUUAGUGCAACAAAAUGCACACCAUCAGAUAGAAGAGUUGAAUCAGACUAGCAAUCCAUUAAGAAUGGCUUCAAGAAUUGUGAGGUCUAUUUUUAUUUUUUGCGUUUUGUGUUAUUCUGACGCUUAUCAGAAUGCAGAAAAGGUUGAAGUGUAUGUCAACAAAGUGGGACCAUACUUCAAUCCUCAUGAGACCUAUCACUUCUAUUCUAUGCCUGUCUGCCGACCAAAAAUAAUAGAGCACAAGGCCCUGACUCUAGGGGAAGUUCUCGAUGGCGACCGCAUGGCACAGUCUUUGUAUAACUUCAAGUUCAAUGUUCCUGUUACAGACGCAGUUUUGUGCAGUCUCGUACUAUCAGAAGAUGAGGUGUCGCAACUGCUUGAAGCCAUUGAAGAGAAUUAUUAUUACGAAUUUGUCGUAGAUGACAUCCCCGUCCGGGAAUUUCUUGGCCACGUGGAAGAGACUGGCUUUGUGCCACACUCCCAUAAAGUCUACCUCUGGACACAUCAACAUUUCAUGAUCUAUUACAAUGAAGAUAAGAUCAUCAUGGUGAACACAACUCGGGACCACAACCCUGUGAACCUUGCAGAGCUAAAGCCUCCUGUUGCCAUCAAACCCACAUACUCCGUCACCUGGGUGCCCACCAAUGUCAAGUUUAGCGACAGGAACAGGCUGCUUGAAGACAACAGCUUCUUCCCGAGAUCCUUUGAAAUCCACUGGCUCUCCAUCAUCAACUCUUCUGUGUUGGUCUUUCUCCUCAUUGGAUUUGUGGCCGUCAUUUUGUUGCGGAUCUUACGCCGGGACUUCGCUCGCUACAACAGUCUGGAAGACGAGGCUAGUGGCGACCUGGACACUGAGUAUGGCUGGAAAAUCAUCCACACGGACGUGUUCCGUAUUCCGCCUCGUGCUACGCUGUUCUGCUCCAUACUUGGUUUGUUUCCAAAUACCUUGACUCUUCUGCCACACNGCAUCCUUGCGCUGGCUCUGCUGGGGCUGUUCAGCGUCCACCGCCACGGCUCCGUGAACGCCGCCGGCGUCAUCCUGUACGCCCUCACGUCCUUCGUGGCGGGCCUCGUCUCGUCCACCCUCUACAGGAAGAUGGACGGCCAGAGAUGGGUCGCCAAUAUAAACCUCACUACGGUCCUCUUCACUGGUCCUUUGUUCCUGGUGUGGACCGUCCAGAACACCAUCGCCUGGUGCUACGGCUCAACGCAGGCUCUGCCCGUCAACACCGUCGUGCUGCUGCUGCUCCUGUGGCUCAUUGUUGGCUACCCUCUGACGGUGUUGGGCGGGGUCCUGGGCCACCGUCACUCGCACGCCUUCCAGUUCCCUUGCCGCAGCAAAAACUUCCCUCGGGAAAUACCUGACAUUCCCUGGUACAAGAGGAUGCCUGCUCACUGCUUCAUUGGAGGCUUCCUUCCCUUCAGCGCCAUAAGCGUGGAGCUGUACUACAUCUUCUCGACGCUGUGGGGGCGCGAGUCGUACACCCUGUACGGUAUUCUGGCGCUGGUGCUGCUGCUGGUGCUCAGUGUGACGGCGUGUGUGUCUGUGGGACUCACUUACUUCCUGCUCGCUAGUGAAGACUAUCGCUGGUGGUGGCGAUCCAUUCUAAAUGCUGGGUCGACGGGUUUAUUUGUGCUGUGCUACAGCGCCUUCUACUAUAUAUACAAGUCAAACAUGUCCGGGCUGCUGCAGACCGUAGAGUUCGUGGGCUGGUCUGUUCUCUCAGCCUACGUCAUCUUCCUCACCCUUGGCACCAUCUCUUUCUUCGCCUCCUUCACUUUCGUGUCUUACAUUUACACCAACGUUAAGAUGGAUUGAGGUUAUGGCUUUCUUCUUAUGACAACAAUAUAAGCGGCUCGUGUCUUACAUUUAUACCAACGUUAAGAUGGAUUAAGAUUGUGUCCUUCUUAUGAGUGCAAUACAAGCGGCUGGUGUCUUACAUUUACACCAACGUUAAAAUGGAUUGAGGUUAUGGCCUUCUCCUGACUGCAAUAUAAGCGGCAGGUGUCUUGCAUUUAGACCAACGUCAACAAGGAUUUAGCUUAUUACGUUCUCCCAAUUAAUGCAUUAUUAGCCACUCGUAUAACGUUAGUUCUGUGUAAUCAAUGAACGCGCUAAAAAAGCUACAAUUAAAUAAUAUUGUUGCUCAUACUGAGGUAUGCUAUAAUGCGCGUCAGUCCGCACAGUAUGUGAUGUCCGAAUUGUGUCAUGAAUCUUACGUAAGAACCUCAUCAGCGCUAUGUUUUGCCAUUUUCUCUCAAACUAUCGAGGGAGUGUGUCCAGUGAGAAAUGGUCGUGCUGAACUAAAUCGGUUUGUCCGUAUCAGUUGAUGAACCAUUCUUACUGAAUGGUUUAUCCAGUUUUUUUUUUGACCAGUUCCUUUGUUUUCGACUAUCAAUUUCUCGCAGAAUCUUUAUUCGAGGUCCGCAUGUAAUAGUUUGUUUGCCUAGCGUCAGAUUUACAAGGCUCUUAGGAAGAAUGCUGAUGAUUCCUUAAGAACUAUGAAUAUUCUUUAGUUUCCAAACUCAACAUCAACUUAGGCGUGUAAUGAAUAAUUUUAAUUAUAUGCUGGACUUUUGGAAAUUUCAAACCUUCAAUUUAGGUUAUGCGUAAUUCUGCUCCGGCAGUGAGAAUGCUGAGCGAGUGCUUACUAACCACAUUCAAACUGCUAUUUUAUUUAUAAAAAAAUUAUUUUAUACAACAUAAAAUAUGUAUGGAUAAAACAAUUGCGGCUAAGAGUUUGAUUGCUUGUUGAUGACUUGCAUGGUCUCAGAUAAACUUGUAAUUUGAAAUUAUUUUGUCUAAGAAAUAACACGAAUAAAGUAUCAGUUUGUCUGAAAGAAUAUGGUGAAUUUUAGAGGACAUAAUUACAGUGGAACAUGUUGAUUUUCCUAUUGGAAUAAGUUAAUGUGACGUUAUUGCGUCUGUAUUUCGUACGUUUCAAAUGUGUAUGCUGGAAUUAUCCUGCGAUGACACGUGUGCAGUUUGCACUCGGCAUUCCCUUAAUAAUAAAACCACUUCUAGAUUAGAACUGAUCUUCUGGGUCCUACCUGAUCUUUCUUCUGGAUUAGAUCUGAUCUCUCUUCUGGAUUAGAGGUGAUAUUUUUUCUGGAU